AUGAGCGGCCUCACUUCCACCCAUGGCGGGUCUGCUUCUGCCAGGUUGACCGUUGCUCCCACGCAAAACACCGCCCCCGUCCAUGAAUUCCGCUGUCUCUACACCCGCGACCUGCGCAAGAAAGCAAAGAAAUGGCACGAUGGCUCGUUGCGGUUCCACACCUUCAAUCGACGCGUUAUGGUCUAUGACGACGCGAAAAAUUACAUCGGGGACCUCCAUUACAGGCAAGAGGAGGAGUUUACUGAGGGUGUCGAGAUCCAGCUGGACCGCGGUGUCAUGGUAGAAGUCGGGGAGCGUCUUGGUGAGACUCAGACAGAUUUGGCCCCAAUUCUCGAAAGGGCACGACCAGAAAAGCCAACUCCUCUACCCCGACAGACGACGGCCUCAGCAACUCGCCCCCUGUCCACUGGCCCCUCUCAAAGGCCCAAGUCGUUGUUAGAAGUGCUGGGACCUUCUCAAGGUCGACCAGGGCGUGCAAGGCUACCAGCACACUCUCCUUAUGAGCAGAGACGGUCCGCUAAUCGGGUAGGGCUAGUGGGAUCACCUCAGAAAAAGCAGCGACUUGACAGUGACAAGGAAAACCAAUUCGACCAUGUCCACCAACCAGUCCGGCCUGUGAGGCCUCGCUUACCUCAGCCCAUGCAACCGAGUAAGCCCGUCCCGCAAACCCGUGGGCCUCCAAUGCAGUGUGAAGACAUGAUCGAUUUGUCGCUUGACGAAGAGCCCAUACGACAGGUGACGAAGCCGACAAGGCUGGGAGCUAGAGUGGUGGUAAAUGAACCCCCAGAGGAGCAGUGGCUUACCCCUGAAUUACCACACGCGAGGCCAACGCUACGCCCUCAAUUGGAUGCCGGGAAAGAGAAAGUGAGCAAGGAGAGACGACAGAAAUCCAAAGCCCCUGAAAAACUAAAGACACGCACCAAUGGGGACUCUUCAACCACGUUCCGUCCACCAGUCGCGCGUACUUCACGGUUGCUCAUCGGCCAACCAAAGCCCAGGCCCAAGCUGACUUGUGUGCUACCGUUUACUAUAGCUACCAAGGCUGCAUCAAGGCUGCAAACCUUUGAGAGUUCUUGCCCACGGUCAGCUCAAGAACGUUUGCCUGACGAGGAAGUCGUAUCGUUGUUGUCAAUGGAUGUGUUGGACACCAAUGAUAAUGACUAUGCGCCGCGAGAUCAAGUGUCACUCUCCGUUGCUUCGAGUGUCCAUGGGCCAGUGCAGGAAGACAACCUCCAUUCCAGCCCUCUAUUUAUACCGGAGGAGACUCUUGAGAGAAGCUCACCUUCUCCCAGACCACUCCCGACACAAGAGGAAUUUCUCUUUCCAGGGUCUGACAUCAGCGCACUGUCACAAAGUCCACCGAAACCCCCAACCGUCCCGGAUGAGGCGGUGACUAUAGCAGAUUUGGAGCUUGACAUCGAUACUCCAUCGUUGGUGAAUAAUGAAAACCCACGCCCACGGUCACCCUUCCAGGUCUCUCCCCGAGUUCCCAAUCCGUUCGAUACGUUCCCCGGACGGUCCAAUAGCUCCGACAUACGCCAGUUCCGACGGGUCUUCUCUGAGAACGAUGCGGUGGAAGAUGAUACAUCCACUGUGAUGCCGGAGCCCGUUGUACCUGAAGCAAGAAGCCCCUUGGGAUUGCUGAGCAACCCAGCGGCAAAGGAAAGCCCUCCCAAGUCGAAGAGUCCAAGCAAAAUUCAGCGGUGCGCCUCCGAUACCAAUGCAUUAGACACGGACAGUCACGAUAGACGAGGGUCGACCGAAGAGGGGGUGAAAGCGCCGACAGGACCUUGGACUGAGGACGAAGCCUUUCUUCUAUUUGACUGGUGGCCCGCCGACGUGCAAAAGCCGGUAUAUUGGAGGGACCAGAUGGAACAAGCCUUGCCACGUAUGAUGGCUCCGGCAGCGCCCGAUGUUCGGCCUGGCAUCACCACAGCGCGUCAAUAUCUCUUCCUUCGCAACGAGUAA